GUGUGGUGUCUAUGUAAAUAUCUGCUGCUGGGACUGGAACACUCCCUGGUUCCCAGAGCAUUCCCGGUGAGGAGGAGCUGCCCAUGAGCUCUUUGGGGGAGGAGCUGCUAUGCUCUGCCAUAGAUUGAUCCCUGAUCAUUAAUAUUUAACUUGGCUACUCUGUGUUUAACGAAGGGGAUGAGAUAAUCCCUUGGAUGGUGAGGAUCCAGAACCUUGUCCAGAACUUCAGUGUUGGGAUCACAGAGCUGUUAAUGUUUUAAUUAAAAUUUUUAAUUUAAGGCAGAAAUGAAGUAUCCAGUGUGAAAUUGAAGUGAGAACCUGACAGCAGCAUUUUCAGAAAGAAUAUUUAUCUUCUUUUAUUCUGGCUGUGAAAAAGUCUCAGGAAGUGGGCAAAGGAUGGGACUCAAACAGCAGCAGUAACCACAGCAACGGGGCUGAGGCACCAUGGAGCAGUACACAGCCAACAGCAGCAGCUCCACGGAGCAGAUCGUGGUGCAGGCAGGGCAGAUCCAGCAGCAGCAGCAGGGAGGUGUCACAGCUGUCCAGCUGCAGACUGAGGCACAGGUGGCAUCGGCCUCAGGCCAGCAAGUCCAGACCCUCCAGGUAGUGCAGGGGCAGCCUCUGAUGGUGCAGGUGAGCGGGGGGCAGCUCAUCACCUCCACGGGCCAGCCCAUCAUGGUGCAGGCCGUGCCCGGGGGCCAGGGCCAGACCAUCAUGCAGGUGCCCGUGUCUGGCACGCAGGGGCUGCAGCAGAUUCAGUUGGUCCAGCCAGGUCAGAUUCAGAUUCAAGGUGGGCAGGCUGUGCAGGUACAGGGGCAGCAGGGCCAGACCCAGCAGAUCAUUAUACAGCAGCCCCAGACUGCAGUUACUGCUGGCCAGACACAGACCCAGCAGCAGAUUGCAGUGCAAGGCCAGCAGGUUGCCCAGGCUGCUGAGGGCCAGACCAUCGUGUACCAGCCCGUGAAUGCUGAUGGCACCAUCCUGCAGCAAGUUACAGUCCCUGUUACAGGCAUGAUCACCAUCCCUGCAGCCAGCCUGGCUGGAGCCCAGAUUGUGCAAACAGGAGCCAACACCAACACCACCAGCAGUGGCCAAGGGACGGUCACAGUGACACUGCCAGUGGCUGGGAACGUGGUCAAUUCAGGGGGAAUGGUCAUGAUGGUGCCUGGAGCUGGCUCAGUCCCAGCCAUCCAGAGGAUCCCUCUGCCUGGAGCAGAGAUGCUGGAAGAGGAGCCCCUCUACGUCAAUGCCAAGCAGUACCACCGCAUCCUGAAGAGGAGGCAGGCCCGGGCCAAGCUGGAAGCAGAGGGGAAAAUCCCCAAAGAGAGAAGGAAAUACCUGCACGAGUCCCGGCACCGGCACGCCAUGGCCCGGAAACGGGGAGAGGGGGGUCGCUUCUUCUCCCCCAAGGAAAAGGACAGCCCUCACAUGCAGGAUCCAACUCAGAGCAACGAAGAAGCAAUGACACAGAUGAUCAGGGUCUCCUAACCCCUGCUUCCAGGGAAAAACACCUGAAGGGAAUUCCCAUCCCUCCUGCCAGCCUGUCCUGCCUGCCCAGAGUGUCCAGUGAACCCUGGAGUGGGACAAUCUCCAUGUCACAGCCUGUCCUUUUCCAGAGAGCAAGCACCACGUGUUGAGGACGUGCUUGAGGUUUCAACUCUUCCAACAGAACCUUUCAGACUUCUUGGUGCCCUCUCCUGAUCCAGCACAGGGAAUUCGGAGUCCAAGUGCUCAUCUCUGGUUUUCCUUCAUUUCCCCACCUCAGUCCCUGUGCCUGGUGCAGCUCAGCCCUGCCCAGGGACAGAUUCCAGCUCCUCCAGCCAGCCCUGAGGGGCUGCACCACAGGGCUGGCUCUGAGAUUUGUUACUCCAUCCACUCCUCACCCCUUUGGGCUUGGUUUUCCCUGAGCUGGGUCCUGCACUUCUGACCCUGGCAGAAACUGAAGGGGAUUCUUUUCAAUUCCACCUUGUAAAUGUGUAAAGAAGCUCUGGGAAAGGUUCAGCCAUCCAAUCAAUGCUAGAAAUAGUCCAGAUUGCUGCAGGGCUUGAUGUGUUGUGUGUCUGUUGCAAGUGGGGUGGGAGAGGGAGAUGUGGGGGGGAUUGGGGCAGUAAAUCAGUCUCUGGCUGGGUCUGGAUGUUCAUUGCCAGUACUUGUUGCUUUGGAAGAAAACUGGAUGUGGGUAUAGAAAGGAUUGAAACUUCUCAGUGACUCUCUUCCAAAGGAUUUUUUUUUUUUUUUGUCAUUUUUUUUCUCACCUGUCUGUGUUGUCCAUGGUUCCUCCCCCAGUGUCACAGUGGUGGCACUUGGCCAUGGCUGGGAUGGAGUUUCUGGUGCCUCAAUCAUUUCUGCAGUUCCAGAGUGAGGGAUGAUUCAGGACAGCAGCAGCUGGGGCAGCUCAGCCUGAGGAACCUGAAGGACUCAGCAGAUACUGAUGAACCUUUCAUGCUUUUUAUAAAUUAAGCUCUUAAAAACAAAACAGAAGUGGCACUUAGCAAAGGAGCAAUACUUACAUUAUUGAAAAAUAGGAUUUUCCCAUGACCUACAGCUGGUUUUGGGCUGAGCAUCUCCACAGAACAGAGUUUUAAUUUAGAUUCUAAGCCUGCUCUGUUAUAAUUUGAAUUUUGGUGGUGGGAGCAGUAAUUAAAAGCAUUUAACAGGUGAUUUCUUCUCACCUUGAUGAGUUACACAGCUGCUCUGGGGAUCAGCUGCCUGCUGGAGCCCCAGAAUUUGCAGGUUUUGUGUCCUGCAGUUCAAACUGGAUGACAGCAGUGAAGUUUGGGGUUGGGAAUGUGCUGGGUGAGUGAACCUGGCCAGGUGAGGAGUGAGCAGUUAGUGAGGAAAUGCUGCCAGGGCUGGGUGAGACUGGGUUCAAGUGACAAGGAAAUGCAGCUUGGAAAUGACAUUUCCUCCCUCCCAUCUUCUCCCAUUCACUGGAAGCUCAUGGCUGAAGACAAAGUGGAGGACAAAUCAAGAGGAUACGAAAGGACAGAGCCUGGAAAAUGCUGUUUGCUUUGGAUGAAAUAAAAAUACUAAACCUGAGAGGGAGGAGGAGGAGUGUUGGAUCCUUGUGAGCAGGCAAUCCUGGAGGAAGAGGAGCCUGUUCAGGAGGAGCUGCAGAGGGUUUGGAAUUGGCAGCUGGAUCUCCAGAUCCAGCUGAGCUCCUUGGUGAAUCCUGGUUCCUGUCCCUCCCCACAGCUGGGAAGGACACUCAGGGACACCUGCAGCUGCAGGAGGAGCUGGCCUGGCUCCUGGCAGGCAAAUAAAUCUUCUUUCUUUCAGUUUUUGUCCCAGGUUAGAUGACUGAUCUGACACUCUGCUCCCAACUCUUACUGAGGAUUUAUUUCUGAUCAUCUCAAGGGCAUUUCUAACGUGGAUGGCAUCCUCAGGGCCUCUGCUUGCCUCUGCCUUAAAUCCUGGUCCAGUUCCAGCACUGCUUUUCCUCAGCUGGAAACUCACACAGCAUUUCCUGGCUCUCCCCAUUUCAGGAAUGUGCAGCUCCUGAAGGGAUUUUGGUUGAAUUUGCAGCAUUACUGUAAAUAUUUUUUUGUUGGAAUAUUUGCGUGCUGGAGUGAGAUCCUCUCUCUGAUGUUUUUUGCUCUUCAGUUGAUGCUAAAUCUGUCCUGGAACUCCUUUUUGAGAGCUGGAAAUUCGGGAAGCAAGAUUAUUGCUCUGACAUAGAUUUUGUUUCAUUUUUUAAAUAAGUAAUUUACUUUUCUUUAAAAACUUGUAAACUUUUUCCCCAAUAUCCCUUCAUAUCUAGGUUCUCUGAUCUGUUGUAGGUUAUGUGUGAAGAAACAUGGAUUUGUGUUCUAGGAAGUCUUAUUGUUAAUAUUUUAAAUAGUGAUGUGGAAGGCCAAGUGCUCCUAUCAUAUUUUUUUUUAAUUUGUUUUGUGUUCUGUGUAUCACUGCUGAAAGUUGUGUUUAUUUGGUGAGCUUGGAGCCAGCAGUCAACACCAAAAAUACCUGCUUUCUUUUCCAGGCAAAUCUGUGAAAAUUGGAGACAUGUCCACUUCAAACCUCCCUAAGAAAUUAAAUUAAAAUUCUUUGUAGGUUGGCUGCACUUGAGCAAAACCUUCACUUUAGGAGUGAGGAUGAAAGAAGAGGUUUGGGGAGAAAAGUGUUUGAUUGACCCAGAGCAGCAAAGCAUCAAACCCAUCCAAACCCAGAUUUAUAGAGUGUAAAGAUCAGGAUUUGGAAGAUAAAUGGUCCUCAAGUGAUGCUAAAUGGCUUUAAGGCCCUGCAUGUUCAAAAGAAGGGAAAAAUAAUAAAACUUUUCUUUGUGAAGGGGCGUGGGAGGGUCCUGAGCUAAACGGAAUGUCAGGCAAAGUUUGUACAUAGUUCAAAGUUUUUAAUUUUUUUUAUAUGAUGCAUUUUUUCAAGUGUAUUUUGGUCUUUAAUAGAUGCAAUUGUAAGUACUGUGUACACUCUCCAGCUAAUAAAAUUUAUAAACUGAGAA